AUGGAUGAAAAAUUGAAGAACAGACGAGCAGUUGCCAAGCGCAAGUUCACGCGGAAGGUGAACCUGCUGAAGGAGGCACAGGCACGAGGGGAUCCCUUGCAAGUCUUACAAGACAUCUAUAGUGAUGUUUGUGAGCAAUUUAAGCAAAUAGAGGAGAUCAAUGACGAGUUGGUAAGGUCUUUUGAUUCUUGUGAUCAUGAUUAUGAGAAAAUAAUUGAUGGCAUCGAGCAUUACAUUAUAGAGAUUGAAAGAAUAAAGAAUGACGCACAUGCAAUAAUAGCUAAGACAGUGCUUAAUGACAGGCAAACUGUGAAAGAUUUGCCUAAACUUAGGAUGCAACGACUAACUCCACCCCACUUUGAAGGGAAAAUACGUGAAUAUCCCACAUUCCGUAAAGACUAUGAGCGACUGAUGAAGCCCAUGUAUGAAGAUGAUCCUUAUGUUCUGCGUUCUUGUUUGUCAGGUGAAGCAUUGGAAAUCAUUCAAGGGGUAGACGAUUCCUUUGAUUCCAUGGUCAGUAGAUUAGAUAGUAGAUAUGGUAAUGCAUCAAAACUGGUUGAGUCAGUACUAAGUGACCUUAAAAGUCUUCAAAUGAUACCUGAAGGUAACUCAAAAAGGUUUAUAGAAAUGGUAGAUAUAGUUGAAAGGGCAUUCUUAGAUCUUAAAAGGUUCAAUCUAAGUGCAGAAAUGAAUACGGUUACGAUAAUUAGCCAUAUAGAAAAGCUUUUGCCUAGACUCCAAAAGAGAGAAUGGGUCAAGAUUUUACAAACCAUUAAAAACAAAGAGGAAGUAUUUAAUGAGCUGUUACAGUAUUUGUUAAAAGAAAAGCAAGCACUCGAGUAUAUGGAUUCUGAUGUCAGAACAAAUGAUGAUAAUAGCAAAGCACAAGUGCACGCAGUAAAUAUGAACGGUGAACCUGAUGCCUUGAAUACUGUAAUUACUAAACUUCAGGGUAAACAGGACAAAAUGGAGGAAUGUCUGAUAAAUUUAACCAAACAGAUGUCAACCUUGUCAGAAAAUGUCCAGGGAGCCGGAGCCAGCGUCAGGAACUUGGGUAAAUGUUGGUACCAUGGAACAAAUACUCACAGCAUCACACAGUGCACAGGGUUCCAAAGGCUUGGCAACAAUGACAAGAUGGAUGUUGUGCGUAAAAUGAGAGCUUGUUUCCUUUGCUUGCAGACAGGACAUGUAGGACGUCAGUGCACACUAAACGUCUCAUGUAGUGAAUGUGGGAAUAACCAUCAUACAAUGCUCCAUAGCUGCCUUUCUAAACCACAAGCACAUAUGAAUAGUAACCUCCUAUCUCGUGAUGGUGUGCUCCUGAUGGUAAAUUCUGUAUAUAGUAAAGCACAUCCGAUAACCACGCUGUGGGACUCAGGCAGCAACAUGACUUUGAUAACUAAUUGUAUGGCCAAGCAACUUGGAUUAAAGGGAAGGAGCAUAAAUAUAGCAGUCACAAAAGUAGGCAAUGAGUGUACUCGAUUUGAAACAAUGGAGUAUGAUGUUCCAAUUAAUGACUGUCAAGGUAAGACUCAUGUGGUUAGAGCAUGUGGAAUUUCUGAAAUCACUUCUGAAGCAUGUCCAGUAGAUACAAAUAGUGUGGCACCUCUCUUGGGCGUCUCAGAUAAAGAUAUUGAACGUCCACAUGGCAAAAUUGAUUUGUUAAUAGGCUCAGAUUACUGCGGGUUAUUACCUUCCAUAAUAAGAACAGUAGGAAAUCUCCAACUCAUGCAUGGCCCCUUUGGAUAUUGCAUUCGGGGUUCACAUCCUUUAUUGAAAUUCAGUUCUACCGACAAUACACAUAUAUAUGUUCAAGUGAAUCAUGUGGCUGGUAGAUCCUGUGUCAGUGAUUUAUUUAUAGAACCAAAGACAAGUCUAACGAAAAGGCUUGACCAAUUUUUCAGUGUAGAGAACUUAGGAACCUACUGUAACCCAAAAUGUGGCAACUGUAAGUGUGGAAAAUGUCCACUUGGCAGCAAUAAGUACAGUGUUAAGGAAGAAAAAGAGCUUUCACUCAUCACAAAGGGUUUGAAUUAUGACCCACAUAACAAAUGCUGGACUGCUACUUACCCGUGGGUCAAGUCCCCAGAAAACUUACCCAAUAAUAUGUCUUCUUGUUUAGCCAGACUAAAAUCCAUGGAAAUGAGAUUAAUUAAAAAGGGAGCAGAAUAUGCAAAGGCAUACAACAAUCAAAUCCAAGACAUGGUUUCACGGGGCGUUGCCAGGAAAUUGACUGAUGAAGAAAUAAAGAGUUAUAAAGGCCCAGUGCAUUACCUUCCACAUCAUGAAGUACUAAAACCUGAAUCAAAGUCCACACCUAUCAGGAUUGUAUCCAAUUCCUCUGCCUCAUACAUGGGUCAUGUUCUCAAUGAUUAUUAUGCUAAGGGUCCUGAUGUAUUAAACGAUCUUUAUGGCAUUUUACUUAGAUUUCGUGAGAAACCAGUAGCAAUGGUCGGGGAUAUCAGCAAAAUGUAUAAUUCUGUACUAAUUUCAAAACUGGACCAGAUGACUCACAGAUUCCUGUGGAGAGACAUGAAUACUAACAAAGACCCAGACCAUUAUUGUCUUCGAACAGUGACCUUUGGCGAUAGGCCCAGUGGUAUAAUUUCCAUAAUAGCCUUACAGAAAACAACUGAGAUGCUCCGGGCUAAAUAUCCUGAGACUGCUGCCAUGCUUAUCAAUGACUCAUAUGUGGAUGACAUCCUGCAUUCAUGUGAAACUAUGUCAGAAGCCCUCAGCAAAAUAAAAGCCACUGAUGAAAUCCUCAAGUUAGGAGGCUUUCAGAUAAAACAAUGGGUGGUAUCUGGUAACCAUGAAUAA